AUGACAACCUACAGUGGAGGUUGGAUUGUCAUCCAGCGUAAUUCCUUUAACUCCGAGAUUACAUGGGAUGAGUCCUGGACUACCUACAAAUAUGGCUUUGGCAAUGUUGAGAAGGAUUACUGGCUGGGCAUUGAGUACAUUCACCGAAUCACCAAACAGAGGGUGUAUCAGGCUCGUUUUGUUAUUCUUGACAAUAACAAUGAAGAAAAAUAUGCUGACUACAACCUGUUCAGUGUGGAGGAUGAAGCUAAUGGCUACAAGCUGAGGCUGGGAAGCUACACGGGCACUGCAGGAGAUGCCAUGUCUUCAAUAACUGCAGGGGUCACACAUGAUAAUAUGAAGUUCUCAGUUAAGGACAAAGACCAGGACACUAACGCCGCUGGUAACUGCGCUACCAGUUAUGGUGGUGCAUGGUGGUACGGAGCAUGUUUUGCAUCCAAACUAAACAACAAAAAUGGAAUACACUGGCAAGGGUUCUGUAAUGGGAACUGCAAGGGAUCAUCUGUAUUAAUCCGGCCAGCAGAUUACUGCAUUUACCUUGAUUAA